AUGGUGAACUUUACUGCUGAGGAAAAGGGUCUCAUCAAUGGCCUGUGGAGUAAGGUGAAUGUUGAAGACAUUGGUGGUGAAGCCUUGGGAAGGCUUCUUGUUGUGUACCCAUGGACCCAGAGAUUCUUUGACAGCUUUGGGAACUUGUCCUCUGCUUCUGCUAUAAUGGGAAACCCGAGGGUCAAAGCCCAUGGCAAGAAGGUGCUGACUUCUUUUGGAGAAGCCAUUAAGAACCUAGACAACCUCAAGUCUGCCUUGGCUAAGCUCAGUGAACUGCACUGUGACAAGCUACAUGUGGAUCCUGAGAACUUCAAGCUCUUGGGUAACGUGCUGGUGAUUGUUUUGGCUGGUCACUUUGGCAAGGAAUUCACGCCUGAGAUGCAGGCUGCCUGGCAGAAGCUGGUGGUUGGGGUGGCCACUGCUCUGUCCCACAAGUACCACUAA